AUGCAUUUCGCCGUUCUUAAAUUAAUUGCACUCCUUGCAAGUGCAAGCCGAUGUCUCGCAGACUCAAUCUCGAUCCCCGUUUCAGAAUCUCCAUCACCCUCUGUCAGCGUACCUAUCGCGGGCAAUUUUCAAUCCUUCUCUAUUGAAUUUGCAUUCUGGGCCGAUUUUGGAGGAAACCGUUCUUCGCCAAAUAAACUCACUAAUGUCGUACUGAGUAACCUCCGAAAGUUUACAAAUGAAGAUCAGAUCUUGCGUAUUGGCGGCCUUACACAGGAUCAAACAACUUAUGAUCCUGAUUUGAAGGAAGCUAUCUUUAACUACUGGCCUCCCGGUGACACUGCCGACCAACCAGUGAACAGUACCAUUGGCCCAGCUUUUUGGGAGUCAUUCAACGCCGUGGAAGGUGUUUCAUACAUAUUUGGACUCAACUUUUACAAAAAUGACUCCACCUGGCUGUAUAAUCUUCAGAGUGAAGUUAAUCAAACGCUACUCCAGGUCCCACGCCACCGGAUACAUCUCUUUGAACUCGGCAAUGAAAAUGACUAUAGUGCAGCUGGUGGCUUCCGCCCACCCACCUACAAUCAAGUGGACUAUGUAAACGAAUGGAUCAACAAAACACGCCACAUCCAGGUUCCAAAUGUUACAGACACAGACAGCUUGCGGUUCUUCGCUCCAUCUUUCUGUUGCUAUAACGUUACUGAACCACAAUUCUUUUCGCCAUGGACUGUCUGGAAUUCAACUUAUGAGUACGACCGAGAUGAUUGGAUCGAAGAGAUCUCGCAACAUGGAUACGUGUCUGGUGUUGGAAACAACCCUACUCUCCAAGAGGUCAUUAUAUCCCUCACACCGCACGUUGAGCUCAACAUCUUCCAUCGCGAGAACGGCAGAGUUUACACGAUGGGUGAGACCAAUAGCAUCUCAGGAGAUGGAUCAUAUGGAGUCUCCGAUGUCUUUGGUUCUGCAUUGUGGCUUGUCGAUUACGCGCUCUAUGUUGCCUCCCAGAACAUCACUCGGAUCCAUUUCCACCAAGGCACCGGAUAUCGGUAUGCUUCAUGGCUGCCUGUCUACCACGAUGGAGUUGGGCCACUGGUGAAACCCCCGUACUAUGGAAAUAUCUUCGUGGCCAGAUUUUUGGGCACAUCUGGCACGCGAGUGGAGAACAUUGAUUUAUCUAGCGACUACAACUCUGCCUAUGCGGCAUUUGAGAACGACCGGUUGUCGAAACUCGCCCUCAUCGAUCUCCAUGAGUGGAAUCCAACCAACGGUACAACCAGACCGGCAACUGAUUUCGUUGUUCCCGCCAAUUCAUUCAAAUCGGCGACCGUCGAGUUCCUCUCUGCGCCUGGAGCCACUUAUAACACUUCAAUCACCGUUGCUGAUUACAGCUAUGAUUAUGAUCUUGCUCAAGGAAAUCCUGUCAAAGUUGGGAAGAGCACAAUAACGGUUGUCCCACGGAAAGGGUUGUUCACCAUCCCAUUAGCAUAUUCAGAGGCUGCUCUAGUGACGUUCUCUGCGGAAAGUGGGAAAUGA